UUGGUUUUCCACGUGUUGCUAAUUCAACUCCUUGUCUGCUGGACUGUAUUGUUUUAGAUCAACUUUGAGACUAAAUCUAGAUUCUAAAUGAACUAAAUCUACAUAUCUAGAAUACUCUAGAUAUAGAUAUAUUUAUAACAAGAAACACGUGACAAAAAUCUAGGAAUUGUGGGAGUCCAUUCAUCACACCUGUACGCCAGAACAAGCAGAAGUCAUAAUGGGUAAAAAGAAAGGUCGUGUGGGUCAAAAGAAAGUGCAGGGUCAAAAGGCCAAGUCUCUACAGAAGGCAAAGAAAUUGGCCAAAGCUAAAGCCAAAGAAAGAAAGAAUAAAGCAGUCAAAACAAACCUAAAAAAGAUCAAUUUUGACAACAAUAAAAAGAUCAACUUGCUGAAUGCAGAUAUCACCAAAGUUCUUCUUGCACCAGCAAAACUUCAAGUAGCUUCAACAAGUCAGCCGACUGUUACAAAGAGUGGCCGUGAUGAAGAUCAAGACAUGCCAGAUGUUGGAUCUGUUUCAGACAAAUUCGCCUCUAUGUAGAACUAUUGUUGGUGUGAUUGAUGUGAAUGUGUUAGCCUGGUGUGAACUAGACAAAUGUUUAACUUGUAAAUAAACAUUUUUAUGAAACUUU